AUGGUCGCCUUCUCCCAUCUCGCUUUCGCGCUCGCCGUCACUGGCUUCAGCUACGCCCAGUCUUUCAACGGCGAACUUCCAAGCAACCUCCCUUCGGGCAUGCCGCCUAUGGGAACUGGAAUGCCUUCCGGAAUCUUCCCCAGCGGUGCCGCUCAGCCAUCCGGCCACAUGCUUGGUGGACAUGGCCAUCGCGGACCUCGUCCCAGUGGCGUUGCUCAAGCCCAACGGGCACAGGAGAGCGGGGCUCCUUUUGGCACUGGCAUGCCUUCUGGCUUCCCCAGCGGUAUGGCCCGCCCUACUGGUGGCAUGCAUGACGGUCAUGGCGGCUUCGGUGGACAUGGAACUGGCUUCCCUGAGCCGACUGGAACUUUCUCAGCUGCUCCUACUGGCUUGGAGAGGCGUCAGGAGUCUGCUAUGCCUUCAGGUAUGCCGUCUGGUUCCAAACCUCCCCACGGCCCUCAUUCUCGUCCGACUGGCAUGCCUUCCGGUGCCCUACCUCCCCACGGCGCUCGUCCUUCGGGUGCUCGUCCUUCGGGUUCUCGUCCUUCUGGGAUGUCUCGCGGUCCUCGCCCUUCCGGCGGUAUCCCGACCGGCCCUGUUCCUAGUGGUUUCUCUACCUCAAUCGUUCGUGUUUGA